UUGCAUUCAGGAUAUGCAGAGCAUCUCCAUUCAGCUGCUCCAGCUGUGAAUAUACGUGGCCUAUCCAAAAUAACACUAAUGUGCUACAUCACUUCAACAAAUCCCACUGUGAGGAGGAAACAGGCCAUUUCCCACUGCCUGCUUCCGUACUGCGUGACCUCCCCCUCCAGCAACCCGCAGAACAAAGUCAACGGUGGGCGGGGCCACGGGGGCUCAGUUUUCAGCCCUCUUCGGCUGUCACAGCCUUGAUUUCGAGCGCUCAUUGGCUCCUGUCUGCGCACACGUCACAAUCAUGAUUAGAAUUGAUGAUCGGGACAUUCUGAUUUCAUUGUCUAGCAAAAAGGGGGACCGGGGAAGAAAUCUGCUGAUUUGGAGCGUCCGUCUGAUUUUGACAUCAGAAAUGCCAUUUUACACAGAGGUGUGGGAGGCACAGUGCAGCAAGAUGACUUCAAGGUCGACAGCGGAGAUCUAGAAAAAUGGAGGUGGUGCUGUGAUCUGCAUGGCUGCCUCGUUCCCCUCUAGUAGUGAUAUGGAUGCGUGGCCACAGAGGCGUGGCCUGCAGACUAUGAACCUUCGGUCUGUAUUCACGGCUGAGCAGCAGAGGAUCCUGGAACGCUACUAUGAGAACGGGAUGACCAACCAGAGCAAGGCCUGCUUCCAGCUGAUUCUGCAGUGUGCUCAAGAGGCCAAGUUGGACUUCAGUGUUGUCCGGACAUGGGUUGGCAACAAACGACGAAAACUGGCCUCCAAGGUCGAGCAGAACGGAAGCGCGUCUCAUCCCUUGUCGAGCCACGGAAUAGCUGGAGGGCUGCUCUCCGGUCCCGCCCUGGCUGGAAGCGUGCUGUCCAAUCACAGCCUAGCGACAGGGGCGCUGCUUCCUGCUGACAUAGCCGCUGCCCGAAACAUCCAGAACCGCGUACACCUCCUCCCUCCAUCCUCGUCUUUCCCCGCUCUCUCUUCGGCGUCUUCCUCUCCGUCGUCAUCCUCACCCCUCAGUAGCGGAAGCAACAACAACAACAACAACGACGUAAUACUGACUGGGAUUUACUCUCUGAACCCCGUCCCCCGCUCUCGACUGAGACCUCAGGCCCCCCAGUCUCAGUCGGACUCCGAGAUUUCCAUCCGCACGUCUUCGUCUCUGAUCAACCAGGCUCUGCAGAGCAGGAGCACUUCCACGUCCUCACCCAUCCACUCCAAGUUACUGACCCCCUCUGCCACGCUCCCGCCCCUGACGUCUGCCUCAGGUUCUUUAGUCUACACUGCAAUCAGGAAGGGCACUUUAUCCGUUGGGGACGGGGGGAUAAGUGCCGGCGCAGGGCUGGUACCCCACAGCUGGACUAGACAAUACGGUACCGUGCAAACUCGCCCUUGGUCGUCGUCUUCACAAUCCCAAUCUCAGCUUCAGCCUAGACCUCACUCCAACCCCCAACCUCAACCGCCUGCGCCGCAAAAGCCUCGAGCCUCCCUCCCCGCCCAGAACGCAGGGCCCUCUUCCGAACAAACGCCUCGCAUUCAGCAAGUCUUCACCCUGUCGGAGAAGGGCGACAGGGAGCGCCCGAGGCCCGGGCAAGCGUCCGCUCCAAGAAGCCAGGAGACCCACAGGCCGACGCCUCACCCUCUGGACUCCGGUCACAACUUCUCCAUUGCCAUGGAAACGGGAAACGAAGAGGACGAGUGGCUGAGGGAGGAGGAGUUGGCCAACAUGGCCGCCCAGACGCACAUCCACAGGGAGCAGCCGGUGACCAGCCCGACGGGAGGCGAAGCGUCCGUCACCAAGGGGAACCGCACUCCUCCCGCCACGGGCUCCAGACCGGCGGCGCCUCCCAGCAACGCGGCACUUCAGGGCAGCUACUCCCUCACAGUACAGACCUCACUCCCAGGCGAACCCAGCUCACAGCCUUCACUCGGUGUGUCUGCUGCCCCCUGGGUAAUCAACAGCUCCAGAAAGAGAACAGUAAGUAUUUGUGAUCAACUACUAGACCGUUCCUAAACGAAGGUUUACGGU